AACAGUAGUCGAAACUUAACCUCACAAUUUCUAAUUUUUCGUGACAUCUGUAAACAAAAGACCUUUUUAUCGCAAAAACAUGUCAACAAGUGAAAAAAACAAGCCUUCAGAUAUGGAAGAGGAGCCUUUCGGUCUUGGCUGCGCCCUUGAAUUGUUCGUCGAAGCGACCGAAGUUUCAGAAAUGAUAGACACCCUUAAAUCCAUUUAUUCGGAUAAAGCCCUCAAUGAGAAGGCGUACGAGCGUUUUAGCUUCAUCAUUGGUCAGUAUAAAGAACAGCCCCACUUGCUGGACCCCCAUAUUGACCACCUUUUGGAAAAAUGUAUCAAUAUCGUACGAGAUGGGGGCUCCAGUAUGGACUUGAAACACGAAGUUUUUAAGUAUAUGUUCGUGUUUGUUAACGUGAGGGGGUACAAAGUGAUAGUCAGGCAUCUUCCACAUGAGGUUUCAGAUUUUGAAGCCGUUUUAAGACUUUUAGAAUCACAAGACUGUGAUGAUUCAAUCACUUGGACCACUAGAUAUGUACUAUUGUUGUGGUUAUCAAUAAUUGUCAUGAUUCCGUUUCACUUAUCACGAUUUGAUGCAAAUGAUGAAAGCGAGAAAGAGAAGAAAACAGUGAUGUGUAGGGUUUUGGACAUUAUCAAGAAAUAUAUUGUGGUUCCUGAUAAGUGCAGGGACGCUGCGGCUUAUCUCUCGUCGCGUUUUAUCACAAGAAAUGACGUCAAACAGGAGCACCUAUUGUCUUACAUCGAGUGGUCAAUGGUUGAAAGUACCUCCUCCGAGAGUACUAUUUUCACAAAACAAGGAACUUUAGCCUCAAUCGCCAUGAUUUUGAAAACCGGAAAACGCGACGAUUUACUCCCUCAUGCCCGUCCCCUCCUCCAAUGGAUAAUCCGUGACGAAAUAAAACAUAAUUCCGGUACCAACGUCCAAAAACUUGUCUAUAAAAUCGUCCAAAGAAUAGGUUUGACGUUUCUACCUCCCAAAGUGGCCGCUUGGCGCUACAAACGCGGCAAUCGUUCAUUGGCUGCGAAUUUAAGUGGGGGUGAUGGUACCACCUCCUCUCACGACACGCAAGAACCCCUCCCAGAAGAUAAUAUUGAGGUUCCUGAUGAAGUCGAGGAGGUUAUAGACCAGUUAAUUAACGGUUUGAGGAGUUGUGAUGGGAUUGUGCGAUGGUCGGCUGCAAAGGGAGUAGGCCGGGUAACCGGUCGGUUACCUCAAGAACUGGCCGAUGAAGUGGUCGGUUCGGUUUUGGAGUUGUUUAGUCCGAGAGAGGGGGAUGGGGCGUGGCAUGGCGGCUGUUUGGCAUUGGCUGAAUUGGGGAGGAGGGGCUUGUUGCUACCGAAACGGUUACCGGAGGUGGUACCGGUUGUACUUAAGGCGUUGGUCUAUGAUGAACCGAGAGGAUAUUCCUCUGUAGGAUCACAUAUAAGGGAUGCAGCGUGUUAUGUGUGUUGGGCCUUUGCAAGGGCCUAUGAUAAGGAUGUUUUAAAACCUUUUGUUAAUCAGAUAGCUGCGAAUUUGUUGAUCGUCGCUUGUUUCGACAGAGAGAUCAAUUGUCGACGAGCGGCCUCUGCCGCCUUUCAAGAAAACGUCGGACGUCAAGGAACAUUCCCGUACGGAAUUGACAUUUUGACAGUUGCUGACUUUUUCACUGUCAGUGUGCGAAACAACGCCUACUUGACCAUAAGUCCGUACAUCGCCCAAUUCGGCGAAUACACCAUCCCAAUGAUCGACCAUCUAGUUGGCCGAAAAGUCGACCACUGGGAUUGCGUCAUUCGGGAAUUGACAGCCAAAGCUUUGCAUAAUUUGACACCAAAAGCGCCUGAAUAUAUGGUAACAAAAGUGUUACCAACCUUGUUCGACAGAAGCACUAGCAUUGAUUUGAAUGCCCGCCAUGGCUCCGUAUUGGCCAUCGGCGAAAUCAUCCAUGCCUUGGCUUUAACUGGCGACAAGUCGAUCCUAGCCGGCCAUCUUGAUAAAAUCGCAAACUUGGUUCCGGAAUUUCGGCAAAAAUUCUACUUCCGAGGCUUAGGAGGCGAAUUAAUGCGAACGGCGUGUUGCGAUUUUAUCGAGAAGUGUGCCAUGGCGUCGCUCGAAUUCACCAAUGGGAGUGUGACAGACGAUUGGCUCAACUUGAUCAACGAAUGUAUCGCAUACAAUGUCACCAACAUCCAAACAAACGCAAUUAAGGCGCUACCAACUGUCUUGAGUCGUUAUUACGCCAAUCAAAAUUGCGAAAGUUUGGUUAAAGGAUAUAUCGAAGAGUUGCAAAAAACGAGUCAACAGGAGGUCCGAAUGGGGCACGCCUUGGCUUUGGGGGCCCUCCCGAAAUUUGUGUUGGAGCCCCAAUUGGGGGCUAUCAUUGACUCGCUAAUUGCCACGAGUCAAGCGAGUCCAUUGACGGUCAAAUGGGCAGAAAGUCGCCGAGAUUCUAUCAAGGCUUUGACCUCAUUGAGUGUGACAAUGGCCGAAGAUUUGGCAAAGUCGGAUGUUUUGCGAAUUUUUGACGUUUUUUUGGCCAGUUUGAAGGAUUAUACGCAGGAUAAGAGAGGCGAUGUGGGCGCAUGGGUUCGCGAGGCGGCCAUGUUGGGCCUCCAGACUCUGGCUUUUAAGGUCAAAGUGUCAAUCGACGUAGCCUUGACUACGCAGAUCGUAGCCGGGGUGGCGCAGCAGGCUGUGGAGCGCAUCGACCGGACGCGCGCAUUGGCUGGUCGAAUUUUUUACAGUUUCCUGUACAACGACCCCACCAUCCCGAAUAUACCUCACCACGACGAAUUGUUGAAAAUUUUUGAAAAAACCGAGUGUGAGACGUUGAACUGGAAUUCGGCGAGUGAUACGUUCCCGAAAUUUGUCGAAUUGUUGCAAUUUCCCGAAUUUAGCUACAAUGUGAUGUUGGGGUUGGUUUGCAGUGUGGGCGGUUUGACCGAAACUCUGGUCAAAAAUUCGAGUUCGUCGCUCUUUGCCUACAUCUCAAGAGAGAAAAAGUGUAAAGGGGUGGGGGAGAUUGAUAGGUUGGCCGACGUUAUCUAUAGGAUUUUUGAGGAUAAUAGGAAAAAUGACCGAAUUGUGGUCCCGAUGUUCCGUUUUUUGGAUAAACUUUUCAGCUCGGGGUGUAUACAACAUUUGGCGGAUGACCCGAGUAGCGAUUUUUGUAAAAAAAUCCUCAAGUUGGCCAUGAAUGAAUUGGUGGGGUGCAAAGACGCGUAUAAAAUUAUAGAUGGUAUUAAUCUUUUGGCGCAGUUUGUUCAGGUCAAAAGUGAGGCCUGUCAGUCGGCUGUAGUCCAGUUGAGUAUUUUUUUGUGUCAUCGACAGGCUUAUGUGAGGAAAUCGACAGCGUCUAUUUUAUACGAAUCGCUACUAGUGUAUGGAGAUUCUGCUGUUUUUAAUACUGAAAAUUUGGACGAAGUUAUGCAAAUUUUGAGUAACACAAACUGGGAUGAUCCGGUUGAUGUGGUCAAACCUGCGAGGAAUGAAAUGUGUAAAUUAAUGGGGGUCCGAGUGCCUGUUGCCAAAACUUCCACUAACUAAAUGAUCAGUGCUUUUUAUAUUUAUUAAUUUUUACUAUUGUGUUACUAAAUAAAUAAUACGGAAAGUAUUGUAAUUUUUAUAUACUUUGAGUUUUUCUAAUAAAUAAAUUUGCAUAA